AUGCGCUCUGAAUCAGCGAGGCGCACGCUCUCGCUCGACAUCCCUGACACCAACUUCGUCCCUCACUCAGACCAGAUGGACCGCGAGUCUAUUUAUACCGACGGCAGCAGCCUCAACUACGAUCGUGCUUCAAUACAGACAUAUGCCACCUACGGUUCUACCCUCAGCUCUGUAGCUACUGCCGACACAGGAGCGGACGAUUCCCUCUCGUGGCAUCUCUUUAGCGUCCUCUGCCUCUACGACUUCGAUGCGCAGGACCAGGAUCAGCUUUCGUUCCGCAAGAACGAGAUCUUGGACAUCGUCAAAGAAGAGAACACCGGCUGGUGGGCUGCCAUUGGCCCGAAGUCGAGCACAGUCGGAUGGAUUCCGAGUGCGUUCGUCCAGCAGUUGACCGACGCCCAGGCGGAGAGACUGCAAGACGUCCGCGAGGAACUCCGCGUGUACGAGUUCGAGGCUGAGCGACUCUACGAGUCCGCCCCGACGACGACCCUCCAUCAUUUAUACGCAGAUGACUCCUUCCGAGAAGACGACGGCGCUUGGUCCCCAUCGCUUUACUCUCCCCAUGGAGCACGGCCGCCCUCGCCCUCUGGUUUGGCACGAUCCUACGAUGACAAUCGAGCUGCAUUCGCGCCCGAUCGAGGCGUCACAUAUACCCCGCAGCCAUAUUCGCGGCGAGGCAGCGAGCCUGCCCUUGCCCACCCACAGUACUCGCGCCCAGAACCCCAAACAGUGCUUUCCCCGUCGCGCGAACAGCCAUUACCUCCGCUACCCGGUACACCGAUUCCCCAGCCCCCACCUGCUGUUCGUGCAGCUCCGUCGGCACAGCUGAACAGAGCGACGGCGUCUGAUACGGGCACCGCAACAAUGCCUUAUCCCUCAUCAUCAUUUCCGCCUUCUCCCGCUCCCACAGCCCCUGCAUUUUCUUCCUACACAUCGCCCUCGAGAGAUCCAAUGUUAGGCCGCAGUAAGUCGAGCACGGCCAAGGAUUCAAACCGGUCGCUUCGCCCACCAUCAGCUCCCCGGCGGCGUCCGAGUGCCCACGCCUUCGCCGCGACGACCGUCGCCCAACGCCUAUCCACCUUGAACUUGCAUGAAGUGAUACGCGGUCCGCCAUCUUCGAUAUCUUCCCCUGGCUCUGGCGCCGAGGCAGACUUAGAACCGUCGCCUGAGCCGACCAUCAGCAUCCGGUCACCGAGAUCGAAUAAGAUUCGCCAAAUCACGGGCGAAGAUAGUGCGCAGCGCUUCGCGAAUGUCAGGCUGGCUCAAGCGACGGCACCUUGGUACCUGCAGCCUAUGUAUGGAGAAGACGACAUACGCGUGGAUCCAGACGGCAGCGUGAAGGCCGGUACGCUAGCCGCUCUCGUCGAGCAUUUGACCGUUGAAUCGCCAUCUCUCACUGCCCAGCAGAAGUUCCGACACGCUUUCCUGAUGACUUUCAGGACAUUCGCCAGCUCAGAAGAGGUGUUUGACCUGCUUGUGGAGCGGUACCGAAUGGAUCACCCGUCUGGAUUGAAUGACGAAGAGUUCGAGGAGUGGCGCGACAAGUAUCUCCGUCCGACGCAGGAACGUACGCUUACGGUACUAACCAUGUGGCUCGAGGACCACCGGCUCCUUCAACUGGACUCGGACAUAGCCCCGAAAUUGCAAGAGUUUCUGUCACUGAUAGGCAACUCUCCGUCAUCGAUGGGCGUCACUGCGCGGCUUAUGCUGCAGUCCUUCGAGCGCCUAACUUUCGCACCGUCCUCGCCGGACACACCAGUCAUGUCCCCGGCGAAGAAGAGGAGGCCAAAGAACAAUAAGGGCGAGUUCCUUCGGAUGGACCCUACCGCGCUUGCUCAACACCUCUGCAUGCUUGAAUACAAGCUGUAUUCUAAGGUGACUGCGGAUCAGUGUCUUCUCUGGGCCAAGACCCAGUCGGGCAGGAGCGUAGGGUCUAUUAUACAGUUCAGCGCAACACACGACAAACUUGCAGGAUGGGUCAAAUCAAGCAUACUGACCAACGAGGGACUAGGCAAACGCGCGGACACGGUUGACCUAUGGAUCAAGUGCGCGGAGAAAUGUCGCGCCUUGAAUAAUUUCGCGUCUAUGAGCGCAAUAGUUGCCGGUCUCGCCAGUGCUGUCAUCUCCCGGUUACAUCUAACCUGGGCGCACGUGUCCCGCAACUCGCAGUUGGAAUCCAUGCUAAAAUUGAACGAGCCAACCGCGAAUUUCAGUGCUUACCGGAAUCUCCUUGCGUCUAUCGAAGGCCCAUGCAUACCCUUCGUGCUCAUGUACCUUUCCGACAUCGUCCACAUCAAUGACAAGCAUCCUGACACUGUGGAACUACCCGCGUCGUCCUCUCCGCAGACGCCAUCCCCCGAACCGCGGAAGCUGAUCCAUUUCGUCAAAAGACAGAAAUGGUACGAAGCCGUGCAUUCAAUCCUCAAGUUCCAAGGGAGACCCUAUCUAUUUUCGGAGGAUCCAGCGAUCGUCAGUAUCAUUCAAACACAGCUAUCCUCUGCGCAGACCCGAGACCCUGCCUGGUACUGGACUCGAAGUCACGAACUGCAAGAAGCUGAGCUAGCCCAUGCAGACAUCCGUAAGGGAUUAGAGGCUGCUGGUUUCUGAACGAGUCCGGAUACGCUGAUUGUGCUUUUCUUGUACUCCUAAUUCUUGCUGGUAUCGGUCAUCAUCCGCUGGGCACCAUACCCACGUUUGUACUGUGAUUUGUACAUGAGCAUUAUCUAGGCUGCAUCUGUAUUUCAUC